GGAGCUGGAGGCCGAGCUGGUUACGCCCCCUUCUGCGGAGCGCGCCGCCGCAGUAGCUAGAAUCUAGCCCGCGGGGAAGGAGGAGGCAGUCUGUAGCGCGAGCCUCAGAGACGCUCUAUAGCGGAGCGGACGGCUGGUUGGUGCUUGGACCACGCCGCGGCAGCAGGUCCCUCCACGUGCUUUUGGCGGCGCCAUGGAACUGGAGGAGUCGGGGAUCCGUGAGGAAUGUGGUGUGUUCGGGUGCAUCGCUUCUGGAGACUGGCCCACGCAGUUAGAUGUGCCGCAUGUAAUCACUCUGGGACUCGUGGGGCUACAGCACCGUGGUCAGGAGAGUGCCGGUAUUGUGACCAGUGAUGGGGGUGCCGUGCCUAAAUUCAGGGUGCACAAGGGAAUGGGACUUGUAAAUCAUGUUUUCACCGAAGACAAUUUGAAGAAAUUGUAUGUCUCAAAUCUUGGAAUUGGACAUACGAGGUAUGCCACCACAGGGAAGUGUGAGCUGGAAAAUUGCCAGCCAUUCGUUGUCGAGACUCUUCGUGGGAAAAUAGCUGUGGCCCAUAAUGGUGAGCUGGUAAACGCAGCUCGGUUGAGGAAGAAGCUUCUGCGCCAUGGUAUUGGGCUUUCCACAUCCUCCGAUAGUGAAAUGAUUACCCAGUUACUUGCAUAUACCCCUCCUCAGGAACAAGAUGAUACUCCAGACUGGGUAGCAAGAAUUAAGAACCUGAUGAAGCAAGCGCCCACGGCCUAUUCCCUGGUCAUAAUGCACAGGGACGUCAUUUACGCCGUGCGCGAUCCCUACGGAAACCGUCCGCUGUGCAUCGGUCGCCUCAUGCCGGUUUCUGAUAUAAAAGAGAAAAAAUCUUCAGAAACUGACGGAUGGGUGGUGUCUUCAGAGUCUUGCAGCUUUUUAUCUAUUGGUGCAAGAUAUUGCCAUGAAGUCAGGCCUGGAGAAAUUGUAGAAAUAUCCAGACAUGGUAUCAGAACUCUUGAUAUAAUUCCACGGCCUAAUGGAGAUCCAGUGGCUUUUUGUAUCUUUGAAUAUGUUUAUUUCGCAAGACCAGAUAGUAUGUUUGAAGACCAGAUGGUUUAUACAGUACGGUACCGGUGUGGUCAGCAGCUAGCAAUCGAAGCACCCGUGGAGGCGGACUUGGUUAGCACAGUUCCGGAAUCUGCUACACCUGCAGCUCUGGGAUAUGCAACAAAGUGUGGGCUGCCAUAUGUGGAAGUGCUGUGUAAAAACCGGUAUGUUGGAAGAACCUUCAUUCAGCCAAACAUGAGGUUAAGACAACUCGGUGUUGCAAAGAAGUUUGGCGUGUUGUCUGACAACUUUAAAGGCAAAAGAAUCGUUCUCAUAGAUGAUUCAAUUGUGAGAGGCAAUACUAUCUCACCGAUCAUAAAACUCCUCAAAGAAUCUGGUGCAAAAGAGGUACACAUUCGAGUCGCUUCACCACCAAUAAAAUAUCCGUGCUUCAUGGGAAUUAACAUUCCUACCAAAGAAGAGCUCAUAGCCAAUAAACCAGAAUUUGAAUGUCUUGCAGAAUACCUUGGAGCAAACAGUGUUGUCUAUCUGUCAGUGGAAGGACUGGUUUCAUCUGUGCAACAAGAAAUAAAAUUCAAGAAGCAGAAAGUGAAAAAACAUGAUAUUUCAAUUCAAGAAAAUGGAAAUGGUGUGGAAUAUUUUGAGAAGACAGGACACUGUACGGCUUGCCUCACUGGGCAGUACCCUGUGGAUCUGGAAUGGUAGCUGUCUGGACAGAUGCUUCUAGACUGAAAGGUCAUCAAGAAGCAGUUUACAUACUGUUCCUCAGUUGGUACAAAGUGGAUACCACAUGCUUAUGUAUGUAUACCUUAAACUUUUGAGUUUUUCUGAAGUUACUAAGUUGCUAUAAUUGAACCAUGAAGAUUACAUGUAAUAAAACAUCUGGGGAAA